AUGAUGGCGGCGGCCGAAGCGGGUGGCGAAGAGGGCGGCUCGGGAGCGGCCGGAGAGCCCAGCGGGCAUUGCCCUCCCGCCGCUGCUGCUGCUGCCGCCGCCGCCUCUCGAAGCAACAAGAGCGCCGCCGCCGCCGCCGCUUUCCUGGGCAGCUCGGGCCCAAGCGGCGCCUGCCCCGCGGCGUCGCUCCCCUCGGUGGGCUCCAGGCCUGCCCCUCCUGCGGAGAUGUCCAAGGGCCUGUCUCCGCCAGCGGCGAUCCCGCUCCUGGAGGGCGGCGGCGGCGGCGGAGGGGGUACCGCUGCCGGCGGGUUCCCUCCGCUGCCGCCGCCCCCGCAGCCGCCGCUUCCGGCCGGAGGGCUGAGCACAGUGGACGAAGGCGACUCGCUGGACGGGCCCGAGUACGAGGAGGAGGAGGUGGCCAUCCCGCUGAACGCGCCCCCCACGAACCAAUGGUAUCAUGGGAAGCUUGACAGAACAAUUGCAGAAGAACGCCUUCGGCAAGCAGGGAAACCUGGAAGUUAUCUUAUCCGAGAGAGUGAUCGAAGGCCCGGAUCAUUUGUGCUUUCAUUCCUUAGUAAAACCAAUGUUGUUAAUCACUUUAGGAUUAUUGCAAUGUGUGGUGACUAUUAUAUUGGCGGGAGACGGUUUUCUUCACUUUCUGACCUAAUAGGUUAUUACAGCCAUGUAUCUUGUUUGCUUAAGGGGGAAAAAUUGUUGUUUCCUGUAGCACCUCCAGAGCCAGUGGAGGACCGCAGGAGAGUCCGAGCCAUUCUGCCAUACACUAAAGUGCCAGAAACAGAUGAAAUAAGCUUCCUUAAAGGAGACAUGUUUAUUGUCCACAAUGAAUUAGAUGAUGGAUGGAUGUGGGUUACAAACCUACGUACGGAUGAGCAAGGACUUAUAGUAGAAGACCUAGUGGAGGAAGUGGGUCGAGAAGAAGAUCCGCAUGAAGGAAAAAUAUGGUUCCAUGGGAAGAUCUCUAAACAAGAGGCUUACGGCUUGCUGAUGACAGUUGGCCAGGUGUCAAGUUUUCUUGUGAGACCUUCUGAUAACACGCCUGGGGAUUACUCUCUCUACUUUCGAACCAGUGAAAACAUACAGCGUUUUAAAAUAUGCCCAACACCAAACAACCAGUUUAUGAUGGGGGGCAGGUACUAUAACAGUAUUGCUGACAUCAUUGAGCAUUAUAGAAAAGAGCAAAUUGUUGAAGGCUACUAUCUUAAAGAUCCUGUUCCAAUGCAGCAUCAAGGACAAGUGCUUAACGACACAGUGGAUGGGAAAGAAAUUUAUAAUACAAUCCGUCGUAAAACAAAGGAUGCUUUCUAUAAAAAUAUUGUUAAAAAAGGAUACCUUCUGAAGAAAAGUAAAGGAAAACGGUGGAAGAACUUGUAUUUUAUUUUAGAGGGGAAUGAUGCUCAACUUAUUUAUUUUGAAAGUGAAAAGCGAGCCACUAAACCCAAAGGACUAAUCGAUCUUAGUGUGUGUUCUGUCUAUGGUGUUCAUGAUAGUCUGUUUGGCAGGCCAAACUGUUUUCAGAUAGUAGUUCAGCACUUUAGUGAAGAGCAUUACAUCUUUUACUUUGCAGGAGAAACUCCAGAACAAGCACAGGACUGGAUGAAAGCUUUGCAAACAUUUUGCAAUUUACGAAAAACUAGUCCAGGAACAUCGAAUAAACGUCUACGUCAGGUCAGCAGUCUUAUACUACAUGUUGAAGAAGCCCAUACACUUCCAGCAAAACAUUUUACUAAUCCUUACUGUAAUAUCUACCUGAAUAGUGUACAGGUAGCAAAAACGCAUGUACGAGAAGGACAGAACCCUGUGUGGUCAGAGGAAUUUGUGUUUGACGAUCUUUCAUCUGACAUCAAUAGAUUUGAGAUAACUCUUAGUAACAAAACAAAGAAGAGUAAAGAUCCAGAUAUAUUGUUCAUGCGAUGCCAGCUGAGCCGACUACAGAAAGGGCAGGCAACAGAUGAAUGGUUUCAGCUCAGUUCACACAUACCUCUGAAAGGUAUUGAACCAGGCUCUCUGCGUGUCCGUGCACGAUAUUCUAUGGAGAAAAUAAUGCCAGAAGAAGAGUACAGUGAAUUUAAGGAGUUGGUCCUGCAAAAAGAGCUGCAUGUGGUCUACGCUUUAUCAAUCGUAUGUGGACAGGAUCGAACACUGCUUGCUAGCAUUUUACUGAAGAUUUUUCUUCAUGAAAAACUGGAGGCAUUAUUGUUGCGAACACUAAAUGACAGGGAAAUAUGUGUGGAAGAUGAAGCCACUACCUUAUUCCGUGCCACCACACUGGCAAGUACACUUAUGGAGCAGUAUAUGAAAGCUACAGCCACGCGUUUUGUUCACCAUGCACUAAAGGACUCUAUUUUAAAGAUAAUGGAGAGCAAGCAGUCUUGUGAGUUAAAUCCUUCAAAGUUAGAAAAAAAUGAAGAUGUAAAUACUAAUUUAGCACAUCUGCUGAGUAUCCUUUCGGAGCUGGUGGAGAAAAUAUUCAUGGCUGCAGAAAUAUUGCCUCCGACAUUGAGGUAUAUUUAUGGCUGUUUACAGAAGUCUGUUCAAAACAAGUGGCCAGCCAAUACAACCAUGAGAACAAGAGUGGUUAGUGGUUUUGUUUUCCUUCGGCUGAUCUGCCCUGCCAUUCUGAAUCCAAGGAUGUUUAAUAUCAUCUCAGAUUCUCCUUCUCCCACUGCUGCAAGAACACUGACGCUGGUCGCCAAGUCUGUGCAGAAUUUGGCAAAUUUAGUUGAGUUUGGAGCUAAGGAGCCAUAUAUGGAAGGUGUAAAUCCUUUUAUCAAGAGUAACAAGCACCAGAUGAUCAUGUUUUUAGAUGAACUUGGGAAUGUACCUGAACUUCCAGACACUACAGAGCCCUCUAGAACUGACUUGUCACGUGAUCUAGCAGCCCUCCAUGAAAUUUGUGUGGCACAUUCAGAUGAGCUUCGAACACUCAGUAAUGAGCGAGGGGCAAUGCAGCAUGUGCUAAAGAAGCUGCUGGCAAUUACAGAACUUCUUCAACAAAAGCAAAAUCAGUAUUCAGUGUCUAACAGCAUCAGGUAGCAGCUUUCUGCAUGUUCCAGCAUGUCCAACAUGACAACUUUCACCAAUAUCACUUCCUUUUUUUGCUCUUGCCAAAAAUAGCACACACAUUUCACAUUUCCAGUGAUGUGUGAACUAUGCAAAAAACAAAACAAAGAACCUGUUGGUGACUGACCAUAACAACAGCUUUAAGCUAUGUGUGCAGGACACUUGCACUUUCUUCCACUUGGAACCAAUUUUCACAACCUCUGAGCCUUGGUGUACAGAUCACCUUCCACAAAGAAAAUACUGUGACUGUCUCUUUGAACUUUAAAGUUAUUUCAACACCUCCAAUUGCCAAAGUCUUGCUGUGUUUUGGAUAAAAUUAGAGUCAACUGCCAAGGAAAUGUUUUGACAGCAAAGUAUAACUGGAUAGAACACACGUCUUACUGUAAUUUGAUUGGUUACAACUAUAUUAGGACUGUUCAAACACUUUAAUUUGUAUUUACAGCUUCCAGCGUUUGAUAGGAAAUGUUUGCUGUACACUUUUUAUACCAUUCUAUUUCUCUCGUUUAGAGUUGUGCUGAAAGAAUAUGCAGACUGGAUUUUGUCAGCUUUUUUUUUUAAUGUGCCACAUUGUUUUGAAUAAUUUUCCAUCAAGGACUGUAUAUCCAGAUAAAUCAUGAUGCUUUUUAAAAAAAUGUUUACAGCAGUAAAUAAUUUGAACUCAGUAAAUUUAUUGAUCAUUGUAUUAGGCAUGCAUGCAUUAUUAAACAGUUUUAUAGCAUA